GAGUCAGACAGUGUGAGUAUUGUUAUCUUGGCUAAUAAGUAGAAUUACAGGAUAGUUCUGUUCACUUCUCUCCAACAGAGAACCAGGAAACAAAAUCUUCACACUGUAAAAUGGCAGAAGCUGGUAUUUUGGUAGUUCAGGAUGAGUUCAGCUGUUCAGUCUGCCUGGAUCUCCUGAAGAAUCCAGUGGCUAUUUCCUGUGGACACAGUUUCUGUAUGGUGUGUAUUAAUGGGUUCUGGGAUGAGGAGGAUCAGAAGAAGAUCUACAGCUGCCCUCACUGCAGACACACCUUCACCUCAAGACCUGUUGUGAGUAAAAGCACCAUGCUGGCUGAGGUGGUGGAGAAACUGAAGAAGACGAGACUCCAGGCUGCUCCUCCUGAUCACUCUUCUGCUGAUCCUGAAGAUGUGGAGUGUGAUUCCUGUACUGGGAGAAAACACAAAGCCGUCCAGUCCUGCCUGGUGUGUCUGGCCUCUUUCUGUGAAGCUCACCUCCAGCCUCACUACCAAUCUCCAGCCUUUAAGAAGCACAAGCUGGUCAAAGCCUCCAGACGACUCCAGGAGCAGAUCUGCUCUCAGCACGAUAAACUGCUGGAGGUUUACUGUCGCACCGACCAGCAGUGUAUCUGCAUGCUGUGUACCAUGGAUGACCAUAGAGGACAUGAUACAGUGUCACUUAAAGCAGAAAGAUCUGAGAAACAGAACCAGGUGGUGGAAACACAGAGGAAAUACAAGGAGAGAAUCCAGGAGAGAGAGAAGGAGCUUCAGGAGUUAAUAGAAGCUGUGGAGAACCACAAGCGCUCUGCUCAGACAGCAGUGGAGGACAGUGAGAAGAUCUUCACUGAGAUGAUCCUCUCCAUUGAGAGAAGACGCUCUGAGGUGAGGCAGAUGAUCAGAGAUCAGGAGAAAGCUGCAGUGAGUCGAGCUGAAGAACGUCUGAAGAGACUGGAGCAGGAGAUCACAGAGCUGAAGAGGAGAGAUGCUGAUCUGGAGAAGCUUUCAUUCACAGAGGAUCACAUCCAUUUCCUUCAGAAUUUUCAGACUCUCUCAGCUCCUCCUGGAUCUUCAGCAUCACCUGCUUUUACUCUCAGUCCUCUCAACACUUUUGAAGUUGUUAUGAAGUCUGUUUCUCAGCUGAGAGGAAAACUAGACGAAUUCUGGAAAGAGGAAUUUGAGAACACAUCAGCUGCUGUGAAGGAAGUGCAGAUCAUUCUUCCUUCUGAACCCCAAAGCAGAGAAGAGUUCUUGGAGUAUUCCUGUCAGCUCACACUGGAUCCAAACACAGCCAAUAAUCACCUCCUCCUGUCUGAGAGGAACACAGUGGUGACCUGCAGUGAAACAGUCCAGCCAUAUCCUGCCCAUCCAGACAGAUUUGAUGGAUGGCCUCAGGUUCUGUGUAGAGAGAGUGUGAGUGGACGCUGCUACUGGGAGGUUGAGUGGAGAGGAGAUGGAGAAGUUGAUAUAGCAGUGUCUUAUAAAAGCAUCUCCAGGAAGGGAGUAGGCUGGGAGUGUGGGUUUGGAUGUAAUAAUGAUCAGUCUUGGAGUUUGUUCUGUGAAUCCUCCAGAUACACAUUCAGUCAUAAUGACGAAGAUACUGUAAUCUCAGGAGCACUCAUCUCCUCUAGAAUAGGAGUGUAUGUGGAUCACUGGGCAGGAACUCUGUCCUUCUACAGCAUCUCUGAUACCAUGACCCUCAUCCACAGAGUCCAGACCACCUUCACUCAGCCGCUCUACGCUGGGUUUUGGUUAAACGUUGACUCAUCAGUAAAUCUUUUACUUUCAACAAAAUAG